AUGAACUUAUUGAACAUCGCUAAACACCUUCUUUAUUUGGCUGAAACUGAAUAUACAUCAGGAAAUUCUGCAACAACUGCCGAUGAAGUUGCUGCUGCAGAACGAUUGUUCGAAGUGCUGAAGUCAUUUAAAGACAGCUACUUCAAUGAGAUGUAUUCUUAUGAUACUCUCGAAUUUGAAGAUGAAUUUGAUGAAACAGCUGAUGAAGACGAAAAUGAUGAUGAAAUGGCUGAUGAUGAAGAAAAUGAUAAUGAACUUGACGAUUACAAUGAGAAAGAACAUUCUUAG